GAAUAAAUACAGUCCUCAACCCUAUCCCGCACUCUCAUCAUAUCGUAUAUUUCAGUCAGUUCAGAAGAUAUAUUCCAUUGCAAGAUACCAUCAUUCCGAGGCUCGAGAGAAUUCGCAGCAUGGGUAAACAAAGCCAACCCGCCUACGUCCUUGGGGUGGGCAUGACCAAAUUCAUCAAGCCCAGAGGCAAAGUCGACUAUCAUGAGAUGGGCUUCGAGGCCGGCGUCAAGGCCAUGCUUGACGCCCACGUCACUUACGACGACGUCGAGCAAGGAGUAGCAUGUUACGUCUACGGAGACAGCACAUGUGGCCAGCGAGUGUUUUACCAGUUCGGUCUGACUAAGAUCCCCAUUUACAAUGUCAACAAUAACUGUGCUACCGGCUCAUCUGGUCUUGCUCUCGGUCGCACUAUUGUAUCUCACGGCGCAGCGGAUUGUGUUCUUGUCGUGGGCUUUGAGAAGAUGAGUCCCGGAAGUUUGCAGUCGUACUUUAAUGACCGAGAGAAUCCGACUGGUCUGUUCGGAAUGAUGAUGGCGGAGACUCGUGGUGUUACCAACGCACCUGGUGCAGCUCAGAUGUUUGGCAAUGCCGGCCGGGAAUAUAUGGAGAACUACGGAGCAAAGGCAGAAGACUUUGCCGAAAUCGCUCGUAUAAACCAUGAACACUCCAAGCGCAACCCAUACUCACAGUUCCAGGAUGAAUACACACUCGACCAAAUCCUCAAAGCCCCCAUGAUCUUUGAGCCGCUUACCAAACUUCAAUGCUGCCCAACUUCAGACGGUGCUGCUGCUGCUGUCAUUGUCUCACAGGCCUUCCUUGAUGCUCGCCCACACUUGAAGUCGCAGGCUAUUCUGAUCGCUGGUCAGACGAUGGCUACUGAUGAUGUCUCCGUAUAUGACCGCAGCGCUAUCGAUUUGAUGGGCUUCCAGAUGAGUCGCCAUGCGGCUCGCACAGCUCUAGCAGAGGCAAAAGUGAACGUCAAGGAUGUCAAAGUGUGCGAAUUACACGACUGUUUCUCAGCCAACGAGAUGAUCACCAUUGACGCACUCGAACUCUGCGAGCCUGGAAAAGCACAUGAAAUGGUGCGCAAAGGCGAUAUUACCUACGGCGGACACAUGGUUAUCAACCCUUCUGGAGGACUUAUUUCCAAGGGUCACCCUCUCGGAGCUACAGGCCUCGCUCAAUGCGCCGAGCUCGUCUGGCACUUGCGUGGCUGGGCCAAUAACCGUUUGGUUAUGGGCACUUCAGCCGCCCUUCAACACAAUCUAGGUCUGGGCGGAGCUGUCGUAGUGACUGUCUAUAAACGCGCUGACGGCAAAGAAGCCACCCCUGUGUCGGAUCAAGAAGUUGGCAAAGUCACAGGACUUGGGUACAACCCUGCUGUUUCGGCCAAGGGCUUUACGGCAGAACAGGCCAAGUCUGUUUUGAGUAAGAGUGUUAGCGAUUAUGCUCAGGGCGAUGUGCAGGAAAAGGUUCUUGCUCGAUUUUAGUUUGUUUGCAGUUGUCCGACCGUCAAAUGCACAGAACAGAGUCUUGCUGCUUUAAGGUUAGUUGUUAACAAAUAAUCUGAUUAUAUAAUGUACCCCACCCACUCAACUGACUUACCAACAAAUUUUCCUCCCUCUCCUUCUCUCCUUCUCCUUUCUUCUUCAUCUCAUAUACAUAUCAAGGUCUUCAUACCCUUGUAGCUGAGUUUUCACGUCUCAUCUACAAAUUUAGAAUGUUUAGACCGAGACUGAAGAAACAUGCUUGUUCUAAUCCCGACGAUCUUUACGAAUCGCUAUUUCUGCACUGUGCGGCGGCCGGGUUCGCUUAUAGCAUACAUAUCUAUCCUUUACUGAUUCUUUCUCUUUAAUGAUGGAGGUUGAUCUUCACAGAUGGGUUUUACUUAUUUAUGGUGGUUUUGAUACUAAUCCUGAUAGGAAGAAUAUAAUCUCAAUUUUGCUUUCCUUG